CGAACAACAAAUCAAGCUGUUCGUGAACAAAGAAGAACAGGCCGCCCGAAUUCAGCCAUCGUGUGGAGUAUACUGGCGCCAUUUUUCGGACCCCUUUAUUGUGCUGCAUAGCGAAAUGCAGUGCACGUAAAUUAUACAUUUAUUCACGAUGAUGCUCGGCCAGGAUAUCUCACGGCGCCAGAUGAGAUGGUGUAUAUUCUCAUCUCCACUCAGAAAAUGAGCGCUGAAUCAAUUAAUGUUUAAGCAUGCUUCUAUGAACUUAUAUGUAGGUGACUCAGGAAACCAACAAAAACCAAAGAAUUCAUUCCACAAACCCAUGGUAUAGGAUUAACACUUUGAGAUGACAAAUGAAACGCAUACAGUGGUUGAGAGAACGUGUAUUAUGGGGUCAUUCUAUAAAUGCAGUUUCCAAAAGUGUGAUCACUUAAACUGAAUAUCAAGUACUGUUAUUUUUGUUUGGCAGGAAACUUGCAUUACCCUUGGAAAUCAAAGAAUCAGUUCUAAACUUACAAAAAUUAUGUCAGAUGUGAAGGAACUAAAAAAAAUGGACCUAAAUUUAUAGCAUGACCCAUAAAUAGCUGAGUUACUCUGUGUGCUUUACGCAACGAAUAUCAAGUGACGUUUUACAAAACGAAAAAAGGCAUUUUAAUAGUUCCAGCAAAGUGUUCAUUCACAAUGCCCAUACACUGCACAUAGUGAUAAGUUGAUAAUUGGAUUUUGAAAUGAUCAAUCCAACCUGCCGGUUUCAUGCCGAUACACUGCACAUAGUGAUAAGUUGAUAAUUGGAUUUUGAAAUGAUCAAUCCAACCUUCCGGUUUCCUAACGGACUUCAUGUACACUUGUGAGCAAGGAAGUGUUGGGGGUCAACUGCUCAAUGAUUACCAAGUUCAAUUCAAAUCGCGGCCUCGCUUUUUCCUUUUGAGCAGGCUUAAAGCUGUGUAGUCACUGGCCUUUUUCGAUCUGGUGGUCAGUUUGACGCGGAUGGACGGAGGCAAAGCUAACCUACAUGGUGAGCAAGUGAAAGCACCAAUACCUCCAUACGACAACCAGGGGAAACAGCGUACUGCCCAAGACCAGAACGACUCGAUUUCUAUCCAGUGCACUUUUGAACUCGUAUGACGCCCCCAUCAGCAGUUAAAGCCCCGCCCUUUGACGGGGGAUGGGGUCUCGUGGUCGCUGUGGCGGCCCAUGCUGUACUGGUGCUGGCGAUGGGCAUGUAUCGCUGUAGCGGUGUCUUCUUCACCAGCUGGUUGCACGAGUUCGAGGCCAGCGCCCUGUCUACCGGGGCCAUCGGCAGCAUCAUUGGGUCAUGUGCGUUUUUUGCAUCUCCUCUGGCGGCUUUUGUGUGCGAUCGCUAUGGCUGCCGUUUCGCUGGGAUUCUGGGCGGCAUGGUAACAGUCGUCGGCCUGUUUGCAAGCUGCUGGGUGCGCACUAUUUAUCAGAUGUACGUAGCGGGCGCAAUCACAGGGUGUGGUACUUCGUUUGCGGUCAUGACGGCCGUCGUUGUCGUCAAUGAAUACUUCAAGAAGUACUUCGCGAUUGCCAACGGUUUCGUCAUGUCGGGUGUCGGCGUGGGCAUGGUCGUGCAGCCCCUGCUGCUGAGGUUGCUGCUUGAUGGCUACGGUUGGCGAGGAGCACUGAUGAUUCUAGCCGGUCUCAGCGCUAAUCUCUGCGUCGCUGGAGCGCUGUUCCGGCCUCUCAAGCUGCAGUGGGGACGAACGGAGAGUAAACGAGGUGAAGACUUGGAACUGCAACGCGGGGAGGACGAGCAGACGAAUGCUACGAUGCUGUCAUCCAACGAAGACAACCCUCGUUCCGUCCAAGACGGCGACGAGAGGGCGUACCGUGGCUGUCUGUCGAAAGUUUUAUCUGCGCUAGGAUUCGAUUUGUUACUGAAGAAUAGCAGAUUCGCGCUCUAUUGUAUCAUCCAGACGGAGGUGAACAUCUCGUACCUUGCGUAUAUCGUCUUUAUCGUUCCCCGCUCUGAGAGCAUCGACGCGGAAGGUGCAAGUGCUGCCUCCCUGGUGAGCAUCAUCGGGUUCGGCAGCCUGUUCGGGCGGUUGAUGAGCGGCUGCCUUAUCAACCGUAAGCUGACGGCCGAGGAUGUCUAUGUCGGCUCCACGCUCAUCUGCUUCGUCGGGGUCCUGAGCGCGCAGUUGGACACCUACGCGGCCUUUGCCGUUUCGGCAGCUCUGGUGGGGUUGGGUACUGGCUUAAUGAAGGCAGCUCACAACGUCUUGGUGCGGGACUUUGUCGGGGUGACGAGGUUUGGCCGUGGACUUGGAAUGACUGACAUCUUCCGGGGUACUGGUGACUUACUUGGCCCCAUAAUAGCAGGUCAGCUGUAUGACGUCACGGGGAGUUACGCUGCAAUAUUCUACGUCCUCGCUGCAAUCCUCUUGCUAAUCCCCUUUCAAAUGGUGGUUCUCAUGCCCAUUCUGAAGAGGCUGAACCGUGCUAGCUGUAGUUGCUUCGACUGAACCCUAGACACGAUGGAAAGAUUACAACAGAACCCAUAAUCUGUUAUGGCUCAACAACACCGGUUGUUUACCCGUGGGUACCAGUUUACCUGUUGGUACCCGUUUACCUAUUUCUCAGUUUCUCAAACCCCUAAACUCCUGUUUGUGCUCACCGUGUGUGAAAUGUGUUGGCCUUGUAUGGAGAUGAUGGUGCAGUGAUCGAACAGGUGUUUUUUUUAACUGGAAAGGAUGAUAUUUGGACGGAUUUCGCAUAAUCUCCAUCAAUGUUAUGACUCCCUCGGUUCAUUUUAAAAUGAACGCCUAUACAUGAAUAUCGGGUAUAAUUACGUUUAUUUUUAAAAGCGAGUAUUUAAAGAGUAUUUAAAAGCGCUGUCCUUGGACGAUUUGUGAAUGACGCUUUAUGCAUAUUCGAAAUAAUCGAGAUUUAUGUAUAAUUGUGUAAAAACGUUGAAAUAUUUGUACGAAGUCUCCAAGUGCCUUUCUUGUUGCGCGGUGCCAUGCCGUGCGUUACCAGCGAAGAUGUCGACCGUCGAGCCCCUUAGAGCGAAACGAAACACUCCUUUUGUGCAUUGUAUUGCAUGUCCGAGGUUAUUGGAGCUAAAGAUUUCUGGACGUAAAACUAUGACAAAGUUUCGUGUUUUUAUGCUUUGUUCUUAAGUGUACGAGAAGUGAAAAUUUAGUAAGCGGAUGGUCUCCCCGUGAAAUAGAAAAAUGCGACAUUUGAGGGAAUUCAGAAAUGAUAAUAUGGAGUGUGACAAGAAAACUUUUUUUUUCUUUCUUUUUUUUGGAGGACAAAAUCAGACAUCUUAAAACUUACAGUUUUGGAAUAAAGUGCUGGAUAUCAAGUUUCUUUUUUGGGAUUAAGUGGGUUAAUUUAUCCAUUUUAAGGUGUAUGGGUUCUCUUUUGUCGUAGCGGUGAUUCGGUUUUUUAUUAAAUAACACAGAAAGAGGUCUUAAAUGACAAUCAUUGAAGAGAUUUAUGGCGUCCUCUUCUUUAAAAAUUAAACGUUGCGGAAAUUCUGUAAUAAGCUUAGGCCGUGUCCGAAACGGGCUUCCAGAGCUACGGCUAGCUCUAUUGUCUGCGUGUUUCCACGCAUUUCCAAUCCAGUGAAGACCUAGACCUAGCUCUAGACAAGAGAUUCGGAUGCAACCUUAGACUUAUAAUUCACAUUGAGCACAAGCACGCCCUCUUCGCUUGAAAAGAGCC